UUCAUUAAAUGAAGCUCUUUUCUAUUUUAAUUUUCUUCCAUCCACUUCUUUCUAGCUUUUUAUGUUAAUUUUUCAGAAAUUAAUUAACCAUUAAAGAGUUAUGAAGUUUUCUUUUGCAUUUUCUAAUUGUUUUAAUCCAACAUCUGAGAUUAUGGAAAUUAACCAAAUUAUUCCCUAUGAAAAAGAUGGACAAAGAGUUCAAAAAUUCUCUAUUUUUUCUUACAAAGAAUUGAAGGUAGCAACUCAUGGAUUUGGAGCAUCAAAUAGAAUUGGAGAAGGAGGAUUUGGUUCUGUUUACAAGGGUCGGCUUGAAGAUGGAAGCUUUGUGGCUGUGAAAGUUUUAUUAGUUGAUUUAGAAUCAAUGAGAGGUGAAAGGGAAUUUAUAUCAGAAAUUGCUGCAUUGUCUAAUAUUAGACAUGAAAAUCUUGUCACCCUCAGAGGAUAUUGUGUUGAUGGGACUAAAAGACUCUUAGUCUAUGAUUACAUGGAAAAUAAUUGCCUUUCACAAACAUUACUAGGGGAAGAACAGAACAGAAGUAAAUUUACAUGGGAACUUAGAAGAAAAAUUUCAAAAGGAAUAGCAAAGGGACUUUCAUAUCUACAUGAAGAAGUGAAUCCUCAUGUUGUACAUAGAGAUAUUAAGGCCAGCAACAUAGUUCUUGAUCACAAUUUCACGCCAAAAAUCGGGGAUUUUGGUUUAUCUAGGCUAUUUUCGAAGAACAUUUCACAUAUUACAACUCGAGUUGCUGGUACAUUAGGCUAUCUUUCUCCAGAAUACGCGAUCAGUGGACAUUUAACUCGAAAAUCAGAUGUUUAUAGCUUCGGAGUAUUAUUGCUAGAAAUAAUCAGUGGUUGCCCUGUUAUUGCCUUUGACAUUGAGAGAGGAGAACAUUUCCUAGUUAACAAGGCAUGGGAAAUGUACAAUUCUGGUAAAUUAUUAGAAUUAGUGGACCCUAUAUUAAAUGGAGAAUUUCGAGACGACGAAGCUGUCCGAUUCUUGAAAAUUGGGUUACUCUGUGUGCAAGAAAUAGCCAGUCUACGUCCAAAAAUGUCAUCGGUUUUUGAGAUGUUGAAUAGUGCAAAUUAUAUGGAAUUAGAUGACAUAAAUAUUAUUCAACCUGGAAUUCUUGCUGAUUUGGGAGAUGUUAAAAUAGGUCAAAAACAAUCAUCUAAUAGUUUUUUGUCCAAUGUUGUAACUUUAGUUAAAAAAAUGUUGGUACAAAGUGUAUAUUUCUCACACACAAAGUUGGCCUAAUACUCUCUUUGAGAAAAUAUAGGAUUCGAAGCAGAAACAGAUUUAAGAUUUGAAUUUUAUAGAUUUUUAUAAAUAUUUCAAAGUGAAUAUACAAGAAUAAUUAGUUUCGUUCACAAGAAAAUAUAUAAAUAUUGUUCCCCUUUAGUUUGCCUCCACAAGGUAAUAAUAAAGUCUGCAUACACUCUAUCCUCCUCACUCUAUCCUCCUCAGAUUUCAUUUUGUGAGAUUUCACUGAGUAUAUUGUUGUUAUAUUAAAAUUGAUUUGAUAUAAGUACUCCGUGUAAAUAAGUAUUUCCAGUGACAAGAAAUUGAGAGAGUAGAACACACUUUUCUUAGUCCAUUAUUUUGAUGUUGAAGCAAAUUUACAAGAGAAAUUAGAAAACCAAAAUAAUUAAAAACAA